CCAACGUUUGCUAGUUAAUUAAGUAGUUGCACAUAGUUCAAUUUACUUAAAUUCCAAUUAUAGUAUCCAUCAGUAUCAAGCGUUACAUAUUUUCUUACGUAUGUACAUUUACGUAUAUGUAUCAUGGCGUUUCUUAAUAAAAAUCUUAACACUUCGAAAGAUAACACAUCCCUACCUACUAGCGUAGAAGAAAUAUUAUACGAUGCUUUUCGCCAUAAUAUUUUCAUCUCACAAAUCUUGGGAUAUUUUCCCGUGUCUUUAAAACCAUCUACACAAACUACUUCGAACCGUUUUCCUCUCUUAAGCUCUAUACUGAUAAUCGGCAUCUGCAUGGCCUGUGGGGCGGUAAGCGUAAGCCAUGCCUAUGAUCAUAAUAAAUAUUGGUCAGCAACUUUUCAAUUGGUUUACACCGCCUGGUCCAUCAUAAUAUUCACGACGCCAUCAAUAUCACGAUUCAGCCUGAUAAUUUGUCAACAUAAAGUCUCUCAUCUUUGGAAAAGCUGUGUCAAAAGUAUGGAAAUCAUCACAGCUUUCCUCGGAACGCGUGAUCAUCUAAUCGACUUUUGUGCAAAAUUAAAAACCAGAUACAUCCAAUUAAUUUCAUUUUAUACGAUAUGUUUGAUUAUCUGUUCCAGCAUGACAAUUCCCUCCGCAAUGAAAUCCUUCAACAAUCCGACGUUUACAAACUUAGCUGAAGACGUGCCUCUCAUCUUGCUCUGUUUGAUUUAUCAGUUCAAUUUCUUUGUCUUCUUAGGACAAGAUUUUUUCUGCCAAAUUUACAACCACUGUUGUGACGUUAUCAUUCAAAGUGUACAAGUUAGGGCUUCAAGAGGACAACAAUCGACCAAAGCUAGCGAAACGGUUCAGUUAGCCAAGACAACAAAAAAUAUUUUUACGAUCCUGAAUAAAGUUGCGGAUGAUAAAUCCGUAUCGGAAUUGUCGACCAAUGAUGAAUUCAUAACUGGAAUUUUGGAAAGCUUUUCCUUGAUUGAAGAAGAAGUAGAGAAAUGCAACGACUUAUUCGAGCUGAGAAUGAUUGUGGAAAUAUUUUAUUAUUUUUCAGUCUGUAUUUUUAAUGGGUAUUUUGGUAUUCAGUUUGUCGUAGGUAUGGUGUCAUUUCGAUUUAUUUUCAUUCAAAUCAUUCCAAUUUUUGCGUCGGGGUACUCAAUUUACUGCGUGGCACGCCUGUCUACGAACUUGUCUAGAAAAACUUUUCAAUUGUUUAAUCAGUUGGCGAAGUUAGGGAGUUGUGAUUUCUGUUUGAACCGUAACAUUCAGCAUAAGGUAAUUUUCAAUAGUUUAAUUGUCGUAACGCCAUUAAUACUUAUUUUUAUGUACGAUUUACAGUUGCAAUUGGUUACGUCAACUUUUUCUGGAAAACCACUUUUAAUUAGAACGAGCGUGUUCGACUUGGACUUGAAAUUUUUGAUUUCGAUACUCGGAUCUGUGACGACUUAUUUAAUUAUCAUAAUUCAGUUUCAGAAGAGUGAACCUGGCGUGACAACCAUCCCCACAAAGGUCUAAGGACAUAUUUAUGUACAUAUAAGACUUGUAUUUGU